GUAUAAAAGAGGGUCUAGUCUCUAAGAAUAGAAAAGAGUUGCAAUGGCACAUCACUAAUUUUAAAUAUUUAAUACUAAAUAAACGAAUCAACGAGCUAAGCUCACAGGUUUGUUCCUAGUUAAACUUAUAGGUGUCAUUUUCAGAGCUAGUAGCAAAAGGAGUCUCCGAAUCCGACCCAACAUCGCAUUUGUACACUAAUUAAUGAAGAAUAUAGUACACACUAAAGGGCGAAUAUUGCAGAAUUGCAAGUGCGGUGACGACGUAACUCUAGCUUUCUAUCCAUUAUAAAAGGGCAGCAAGUGUUGUAGUUCAGAACCAUAGCAAAACCCCGAGAUAUUACUCCCAAUUAUGUCUAAAGCUUGUUUGCUACUGAUUCUCAUUGGACUGGUGGUUUUUAUUAUCACUCCUUCUCUAGCUAACCACGAUAAUGAGCCACCCCAACACCCUGGACCUAGUGGUUGGGGGGAUGAGCCACCACACCACCCUGAACCUAGUGGUAUGGGGAAUGAACCACCACAUCACCCCGGACCUGGUGAUAGGAGAGAGAAGCCACCACACCACCCCGGACCUAGUGGUAUGGGGGAUGAGCCACCACAUCACCCCGGACCUGGUGGUAGAGGAGAGGAGCCACCACAUCACCCCGGACCUGGUGGUAGGGGAGAUGAGCCACCACAUCACCCCGGACCUGGUGGUAGAGGAGAGGAGCCACCACAUCACCCCGGACCUGGUGGUAGGGGAGAUGAGCCACCACACCACCCAGGACCUGGUGGUAGUGGAGAGGAGCCACCACACCACCCUGGACCUGGUGGCAGGGGAGAGGAACCACCACAUGGGAAAAAACCGCCUCACAGACACCUCUUGAACGUGGAAGUUGAGGAUGCACGUAAACCUCCACAAGCCCGACAUAGUAAACCAGCCAGUAAGGGAAACCCUCCCCAUACUAAUUGAGGAGCAACCUCACAGACCACCCAAGGCACCCAUCGGUCUAAAAUAUAAGAUCAUCAUCAGCACCAUGUAUGGUAGGACUAGAUUUAUUAUAGAAAUAACAGCUGAUGCUGAUUUAUCCUUUUAAAUUUUGUGUGUAGCUAGCUCGUUACGUAUAUUUUGUUCCUGGCUUGGAGGCCAUGCAAACCUCAUCACUCUGGUUUGUCUUUUUGUGAUAUAUCGACUAGUUUGGGAUCUUUGUUUUACAUCAAAAUUAUCCAUUUGUA